UUAGGCGCGGUUAAGAUGACUGGAUGAGUGAUCGAGGCUCGCGCAUGUUUGUAGAGUAAAAGAGAGAAAAAAAAACUGAAGAUCCGGUGUGAUUGCGCGCGCGGCGCGUGCUGCGAGUGCUGCGCGAGCUGCGCGUGACGCUCUGCGCAGAGUAGGCUAUAAAAGAAUGAAGUGGAGCCGGUGAGCGCAGAGCGCACGGAGGAGCGCGCGGAGACGGGAGUGAGGGUGCAUGCGCUCUGCACAGCGUUCCGCACGAGACCAGCGAAGGAUGCUGUGCCGCGUGCGCGUGUCUGUCAGAUAGCUCUUCUUCCGUUUGCGUUUGGAGUGCGUCUUCAAAUAUGGAGAGGAAUAGUACGACUCAAGCACCUCAGGAUCCUGGAGAAUGCGAGCCGGGGCUGGAGAGGUUGGAGAGGAUGGAGAGGCUGGAGAGCAGCACUGGACUGGAGAACUGUACAGAUGGUUUGGUGGGGAACCUGUCACUGCGCUGUUGGCUGCACCUACUGACCAAAGAGUCGGGCACAGCGCUGCAGGGAGACGGGUCCAGCUUGUCUGUACGUGUGAUGAUUGCGUUGAUCUACUCUGUGGUUUGUGCACUAGGACUGGUGGGCAACUCUCUGGCUCUUUACCUACUCCAUUCGCGCCACCGGCAAAAGCGCUCCUCCAUCAACUGCUUUGUUAUGGGCCUGGCGCUCACCGACCUUCAGUUUGUCCUGACUCUGCCCUUCUGGGCUGUGGACACCGCACUGGACUUCCGCUGGCCCUUUGGGAAGGUCAUGUGCAAGAUUGUCAGCUCCGUCACCACCAUGAACAUGUACGCCAGCGUCUACUUCCUUACCGCCAUGAGUGUGGCGCGGUACUACUCGGUGGCCUCUUCGCUUAAGAUGCACAGCCAGAGAGCGGCAGCCGCUGGGGCCAAGUGGAUCAGCUUGGGCAUCUGGGUGGUGUCCCUCCUGGCCACAUUGCCGCAUGCCAUCUACUCAACCAUCGCCCAGGUGGCCACAGACGAGGAACUUUGCCUGGUUCGCUUCCCAGAAACAGGCAGCUGGGACCCGCAGCUGCUUCUGGGUCUCUACCAGCUGCAGAAGGUUCUACUGGGCUUCGUAAUCCCUCUAGUGGUGAUCACCCUCUGCUACCUGCUGCUGCUGCGCUUUGUGCUGAGCCGGAGGGUCAGGGGUGCAGUUAGCUCGGAAAGCGAACACGGACGCCACAAGCGCCGCUCCAAGGUCACCAAGUCAGUGGUGAUCGUGGUACUCUCUUUCUUCCUCUGUUGGCUGCCCAACCAGGCACUGACUCUUUGGGCUGUGCUCAUCAAGUUCGACCUGGUGCCCUUCAGCAAGGCCUUCUACAACGCCCAGGCCUACGCCUUUCCGCUCUCCGUUUGCUUGGCGCAUACAAACAGCUGCCUCAACCCGGUGCUCUACUGCUUGAUCCGCCGUGAGUUCCGGGCCGGACUGAAGGAGCUGUUACUCAGGGCCACACCGUCGUACCGCAGCCUGGCCCAACUGCUUCCUCGAAAGACCAAGGUAGCCGAGGCGCCCCCUGUCCUGGUGUUGGUGCAGAUGGAUGUCUGAAGGAGUCUGUUUUACACUUGUCAUUUCAUAUGUCUCACACAUGGAUUGAUUCAUAAUACACCUGCAUCGUGCAUCUGGACACAUUUCUGGUCAAACCGAUCCAACUAGCUUCUCUGCUUUUUGAGGCUUCAAUGCAAAUGUAAUGUGUUUUCUCCAGGAAUCUUCUGAGAUGCACUACAAAAGUUUUGUUCUGUGUGGUUAUGCGUUUGAGAAGAGCUAAAUUAAGAAAACACGAUGAGACAAUUGUUAAAAUGCUUAUGAUGUCAGUGUCUAUAAUGAUGGUUAUGUGCAGCUAAAGGCAGCUUUGUGCAGUAACAUAAAAGAACCACUUCUGGUUUGAUAAAGAUCAUAUUUGUAACCUUUUAAACAUUUUAAACACUUACAGAACUUUUAGUUACAGAUUUAAAUCUGUAGUUUUUUUACACUAAUACAUUUCUCUCACAGUGCAUCUCUAUGUAUUUCUUUAUGGAACCAAAAGUGGACAUUUUAUAGACUUGCUGAAGAACCUUUGGAUGCACCUUUAUGUCAAAAAUGUGUGUAGAACUGACGUAUUUCCAAGUAUUUCCAAAUGGAAGGAGCAGAAACCACCUCCUGAUGUGUGAUGUGAUUGGAUAAAAAUCCAGCUCCAGAGUGUCCUGGAUGUAUUUACAUUUGGCUUUUUUCCCUCAAUAUUGGAUAGCUAUCCCAUCAGCCUGAGAUGCAUAAAUUGGCCACAUAUAAAUGGACUAAAACAGACUGACUCACCUGGUUAAUACUGGAACCUGAACACACACUGAGACAACCUGCCCUUUUGAAGCUUUUUUUUUCUUUUGCUAUAUUUCCGCCUGUUUUGGCUGAUGGACAGGAGCAGAUAUGAGGAAUCCCUUGUGAAAUGUGCCCCAGUUUCUUCUCCCCUCUCUUUUCUGGUGUUUGUUCCAUCGCCCUUCACCUCGGAUUUGGUGCUGCAUAUUAGAAAACCCUGUUUAAGGAUUCUACCAAGGACACCCGUUAAGGAAACAUUAAAUUAUCUAUCUGUGUUGCUCAGUCUUUUGAAGUGAGCAGCAAAAGUGUGCGCAGACUGUAAGAGCGGGGGCAUCCUCUCGAGUUCCUCACAGUACCUUGCCGUUUAAUGAGAAAUAAACAAGGAUAAAAGCAUCUGUCAGAUACACAACCUCAACGAUCAGUCAUCAAUGAGCUCUUACCACGGAGAAACACGCUUUCAUUAGAGCCUGGAAGUAUCUGGAGCUUUGCAUAUUACAGUCUCACUCCUUCGUUAAGUGUAUGUAAGACAAAUAUUGUGUUUGGGAACUGGCAUUUUAAAUUAAAAUGAAUAAAAUCAUGUAAACUACUA